CAACAAUAGGGACUGUAUCUUCGCAGCGAAGAUGCUGCUCUGAGCGGGUGACAGAGAGAGACAGAAGAGCUCGGAGAGCCUCCGACAGGCGGGGUAUUUUCCCCUCCAUCAUGUUUUAUACUCUAUCCAGAUCUCCACCCAAGCUUCACUUCCCCCAGCAGCAGCAGCCACCACGAUCUCGACCUCCGAAUCUCACAAAAUGGUGCUCGCCAAACCCGAGAACAAACACGUCCUCAAAGCCUUUGACCUGACCGGCAAAGUCGCCGCCGUAACAGGCGGCGCCCGAGGCAUCGGCCUCGAAGUUUCCCAAGCAUUAGCAGAAGCCGGAGCCAACAUAGCCAUAAUCUACAACUCCUCCACCCCCGAAACCGUCAUCAACCUCGCCACAACUCUCGCCUCGACCAACAAGAUCAGAGCGCUCGCCUACCGCGCCGAUGUCUCCGACCAGGCCUCCAUCACCUCCACAAUCCAGCAGAUCGCCGCCGACUUCUCCCGGCUGGACAUCAUUGUCGUGAACUCGGGGAUCGUCUCCAACGUCCCCGCGGAGGACUACACGCCCGACCAAUGGCACGCGAUCAUGAAGGUGAACCUCGAUGGCGCGUUCUGGACCGCCCAGGCCGCCGCGCAGAUCUUCAAGAGCCAGGGGCACGGGAAUGUCAUUUUCACAGCCUCGGUGAGUGCCGGGUUGGUGAACGUGCCGCAGAGGCAGGCUGCUUAUAACGCUUCGAAAGCCGGGGUCGUGCAAUUAGCCAAAUGCCUAGCGGUAGAAUGGGUGGACUUCUGCCGCGUGAACUGCAUCUCGCCUGGAUUCAUCGAGACCGAGAUUCUGGAUAUCCAUCCACAGGAGUGGCGCGAGAAGUGGUUUAGUAUGAUCCCCGCGCAGCGGAUGGCGGAUGCGUAUGAGCUGAAGGGGGCUUAUGUGUUUUGCGCGUCGGAUGCGUCGAGUUAUAUGACCGGGGCGAACCUUGUCAUUGAUGGGGGCUAUACACUUCCAUAGGAGUAUACUAAGCCAACCGUCAGAAGAUUUGGGGGAGAGGCGGCGAUGGUCUGCACCUUAAGCUCAAAGGGUGCGAUGGGGCUGCGAGACUAUAGUAUGCAUCUCUGUUGCCGCAUAAGAUACAUUCUUGCCUUCAAGUUAAGGGUCCACAGGCAGGUCAUCUUCGCUUGUAUGCUUGGCUUGUGCUUUGAUUAAAUUUAUAAAAAUGGGACCACUCUAGUCUAGUAUAAUGG